AUGUCACAGACAAAUGGCAAUAUGGAGCACUCGAAAGAGACUCCCCAAUCCCAGGAGGUUGAACAGCUUACCAACGGCAAUCACCCAGAGGAACAGCAGGAGGAGGAGGAGAACAAUGGUGGCCUCUUCCAGAUCUCUGUGAAACUUCCACAUGAGCCUCAUAAGAUCCAGGUUAUGGUGUCCAGCCAAGAACAGGUCCAGGAUGUCCGCCAAUCGAUCGUCGAACUGCCCGGUACCUUCCAGUAUACCUGUUUCCAUCUGGAAUUCAACGGCAAGCGUAUCAACGACUUCGUGGAGCUGUCUGAGGUGGAGGAUCUCAAGGCCGACUCCGAGAUUGUCUUGGUGGAGGACCCCUACACAGAGAAGGAAGCUCGCAUGCACACCGUCAGAAUCCGGGACUUGGUUGGCGCUGCUGGAGAUCGUGUCGACAACCUUCAGGGACUCGAUGCUGGCCUGUCGUUGCACGACUCCGUGACUGCCGAAGCCGCAGCUAGUGAGGAGAAGGAGCACUCCCUGUCCAAGUACGACAUCACUGCUUCUCCCUCUCUGAAGACCAUUCUUCCCAGAGACGAGGCUCCCCUUCCCAAGACCGUGAAAUCGAUUUCACUAUCAGCCUGGAACCCUCCUCCCUACCACCUCCGGCAGAAGGGUCACCUGCUGUACCUGCAGGUGGCCACUAACGAGGGCGAACAGUUCCAAGUAACCUCCCACGUCUCCGGCUUCUAUGUCAACAAGUGCUCGAACGCCAAGUUCGAUCCUUCGCCUAGAACCAUUCCUAAAAAAGUCAGCGCGCACUCAUUGCUCACCCUGAUCUCGAAGAUCUCGCCCUCUUUCAACACCGCCUUCGAAGCCCUCCAGGAGUCCAACAACCAGAAGGAUCUCCUGACCACCUUCCCUUUCCAAAACGCCAUCCCCAACAGCCCAUGGCUCGUCCCUCCUCCAUCUUCCAAUGUCAACGUUCACCAGGCAGAUAUCACCCGCUCUCAGGAAAGCUAUCUGAUCUCCGGCGUAGAUAACGCAGAGACACUGCGCGACUGGAACGAGGAGUUCCAGACUACCCGGGAGCUGCCUCGUGAGACUGUUCAGGAUCGCGUGUUCCGCGAGCGUCUGACCUCGAAGCUGUUCGCCGAUUACAAUGAGGCCGCCGCUCGCGGUGCCGUUCUGGUGGCUCGUGGUGAAGUCGCUCCGCUCAACCCCACCGAAGACCGAGAUGCUCAAAUCUUCGUCUACAACAACAUCUUCUACUCCUUCGGCGCUGACGGUGUGGGAACUUUCGCCUCCGAGGGUGGUGAUGAAGCCGCCCGCGUGGCUGUUGGCAAGGAUGUCCUGGGAAUCAAGGCGGUCAACCAGCUUGACAUCAACGGCCUUUUCACUCCUGGCACUGUCGUCGUUGACUACCUUGGCAAGCGUAUUGUUGGCCAGAGCAUCGUCCCUGGUAUCUUCAAGCAACGUGAGCCUGGAGAGCACCAGAUCGACUACGGAGGUGUGGAGGGCAAAGACGUCGUCGCGACACAUCCCGACUUUGUCUCCGUCUUCGAGAAGAUGUCCAAGGCUCUCCGCAUCAAGAAGCACGCUGUCUGGGAUAAGGAUAGCAAGCGCCACGAUCUCGAGGGUAGCGUUGAGACCAAGGGUCUUCUCGGUACCGAUGGCCGUAAAUACGUCCUUGAUCUCUACCGUGUGACUCCUCUCGACGUGAUGUGGCAGGAAGAACCCAACAGCGAGGAGUACCCCCAUCGGAUGUCGGUUCUCAGAUUGGAGUUGGUUGAAGCGUACUGGAGAUCGAAGAUGAGCCAGUACGUCAAGGCCGAGGUCGAGCGUCGUCGUGCAGUCAAGGCGGAAGCCGAAAAGGAGAAGCCGGCCGAAUCCUCUGAGUCGAAGGAGCAGGACUCCGAGGAGAAGACCGAGGAGAAGACCGAAGAGUCUUCGGAUCAGGAGCGGGUGGAUAUCUCCGGAUUCCAGCUCGCCCUCAACCCCGACGUCUGCAGCGGCCAGGUUCCCCAGACCGAUGAGGAGAAGCAGCAGUGGGCUGAGGACGAGAAGGAGGUUCGCGAUGCCUGCGACUUCCUGCGUUCCAAGGUCAUGCCCGAGCUGGUCCAGGAUCUGCACGAUGGUGACGUUGGUUUCCCCAUGGACGGACAGUCCCUCGGCCAGCUCCUGCACAAGCGCGGUAUCAAUAUCCGUUAUCUUGGCAAGUUGGCUCAGCUUUCCAAGGAGAAGGGUGCUCGUCUCGAUGCUCUGACGACACUCCUGAUCCAGGAGAUGAUUGCCCGUGCCUUCAAGCACAUCGCCAACCGGUUUAUGCGCAACGUCCCUGCGCCAUUCGUCGCGUCCUGUGUUGCCCACCUGCUGAACUGCCUUCUGGGCGCUGAUGUGAACGCGAACCCUCGUGCCGAGAUCGAUGCUUCUCUCCGGGAGUUCUACCCCGAGGGUGACUUCACCUUCGAGACGGUCACUCCUGAGACCCUUCGGGCCGAGAUUGAGCAGCAGGUUGCUCUCAGAUACCGCUUCACUCUGGAGUCGGAGUGGUUCGCUUCGCUGCGCCACCUGCAGCUGCUUCGUGAUAUUGCUAUCAAGUUGGGUCUCCAGCUUGGUGCUCGCGAAUAUGCCUUCACCAAGGAUCAGCUUCCUCCUAAGGUUCCCGUGGUCAACGGCGCCAAUAACGCUGCCCAAGACGAGGGGAAGAAGAAGAAGAAGAAGGGCGCUGACAAGUCUCCCAGUCGGGCUAUCGUUGAGGAGAAGCCUGCCGUUUCCAUCGUACCGGAUGACAUUGUCAACGUUGUGCCCCUGGUCAAGGACGCUUCCCCUAGAAGCUCCCUUGCCGAGGAGGCCCUGGAGGCUGGACGUAUCUCCCUCAUGCAGAACCAGAAGCAGUUGGGCCAGGAGCUGAUCUUGGAAUCCCUGUCCCUGCACGAGCAGAUCUACGGCAUUCUUCACCCCGAAGUCGCUAAACUGUAUCACCAGCUGUCCAUGCUUUACUACCAGACUGACGAGAAGGAGGCGGCUGUCGAGCUGGCUCGCAAGGCCGUGAUCGUCACGGAGCGCACCCUGGGUGUCGACUCUGCUGACACGAUCCUGGCUUACCUCAACCUCAGUCUUUUCGAGCAUGCCUCCGGCAACACCAAGACGGCCUUGGUGUACAUCAAGCACGCCAUGGACCUGUGGAAGAUCAUUUACGGACCCAACCAUCCGGAUUCUAUCACCACCAUGAACAACGCCGCCGUGAUGCUGCAGCACCUCAAGCAGUAUGCCGAUUCCCGGAAGUGGUUCGAGGCUUCUCUGUCUGUCUGCGAGUCACUAUUUGGCAAGCAAUCUAUCAACACCGCCACCAUUCUGUUCCAGCUGGCGCAGGCUCUGGCUCUUGAUCAGGACUCGAAGGGUGCCGUUGGCAAGAUGCGUGACGCCUACAACAUCUUCCUCAGUCAGCUUGGCCCCGAUGACCGUAACACCAAGGAGGCCGAGACCUGGCUGGAGCAGCUGACCCAGAACGCGGUCUCCAUUGCGAAGCACGCCAAGGAUAUCCAGGCCCGUCGUCUGCGUCGCAUCAACAUGAACCCUCGUGUGACCACCCUUGGUACCAAGGUCCAGCCUCAGGUCGGUCAGACCGCCCCCGAGGCCUCGGGAGCAAAGAAUGCUGCCAAUGCUUCUCUAGACUCUCGCAGCAUUGAUGAACUGCUGAAGUUCAUCGAGGGUGGCGACACUAGCUCUUCGCGCUCCAAGCAGAAGAAGCGUGCCGCGGCCAGCAACCCCAAGCUCCGAGGCUCCAAGAAGUCUUCGGCUUAA